CCCAGUCAUGCCCACCAAUCUGCUCAUGACAUCGUAACCCCGAACCAACAUCACGUCUCAGUUGAAAAAAAAAAAACUUCACGUCUCCGACUCCACCCCUCCCCCAGCCGCCACAGAACUCCUCCAUGUUUCCAUCGCCGCCGCCCACCGCUCCUCCUCUCCUCUGCUACCCCCAACACGAGGAACCAACCUCCCGAAGCAACCGGGGCGGCAAGCGGCGGAAGGAUGGAGAGAUGGCGUCUGCGGCGACGGUGAAGGAGAUGGGGCGGGUGUCCUGCAUCUGGAUCAAGCACGAGGAGGAGCGGCGCGAGGCUUCCUGGAAGGAGCCCGAGGGCCGGGUCUUCUCCGCCACCACACGCACCGAUGUCGCCACGCUCCUCGGUGAGCCCCGUGACCAGAUCCUCGCCGGUCGUGCCUCCUUCGCCGACCUCGUCGCACAGCACCGGCUGCUGGGGACUGAAACGAACUCCACUUCACGCUCUGCUUUGGUGGAUCUCACUACGCUCAGGAGGUGUUCGACGAAAUGCAAAGCCAGGGAAAAACUAGAGAUGAGACACAGGUUCAGUUUUCUCUUCAGGCAACGAAUGCCUUCCUCUCUUUUGCUCUGGCCAGCAACAUAGUCGGCUCCCUCUCUUUUGUGUGCAGUUACACAAACACACACAUGUACGGCCUGUAGCCAUGCUCAGACAUCCUCAGCACACACAGACGUCGCUACAGUGCAGGGACACACACAGCAGCCUACUGUCAACUCCGCAUGCUACUACACACGAGCAUGGUCUAUACUUUUUUUUAGAUGAAAGGCAUAAAGCCCGACUUCAAAUUAAUGAAGCCAUCAACCGGCUAGGAUACAUGGUGCUGAUUAUUACAAGGCAAAGCUUGGAGAAAAACUGAAAGAUUACAAGUGAGAUCACACUUCGACAGACCAAAGUGCAAACUUGCCAGUACAAAGCAAACAAGACCAAGCCGCCGGAGGUACUUCGCAGAACAGAACAACGAAUACAGAGACAUCCACGGGGCACCGAGCAAGUAGUGUAGAGGAGGAUCGUGCCUGUAGGGAGGAAAACAUUGGAUGUGCCACACCCCGGACGUGCAAAUGCUAGAGAGGAGAACCAAUCUCCUCUACAUCCAAGCCGUGCCACAACACGUGGAUGCCGUAAACCGGCCAGCGGAGCAUGAGCGCGGCAGGGCAGCAACCACUGAAGGAUAGCAGGGCGCAACACCUCAUA